UACAAUAUAAUUUGGUACCCAGACACGAAAACAUCUCCGAAUUUUUUGCCACUCCCUCCUUGAACCCCUUCACAAAUUUAAGUUUUAUUUUUAUCAACCCAUUUUUCUUCUCUUUCUCCCACCUAUUCAACAAUUCAAUACUUGCCAGGUGUUAUAUAAUGGCAAAAGUUAACAGUGUUGGCAGAAAUUCUGGCUCCCGGCGUAAUAGAAGCACCUCGAGUCCAUUAGGGUCAUGCUGUCCGAAUGGUUUGAAAGACAUCAACAAGAAGGAGCAAAUUACUGCAUCAGAGAAGAUAGAAUGGGGCGAUGCUGUUUGUUCAGUUUGUCUGGAAUAUCCUCACAAUGCAGUUCUUCUCCUUUGUUCCUCCUACCACAAAGGUUGUCGCCCUUAUAUGUGCUCAACUAGCUGCAGAUAUUCCAACUGUCUUGACCAAUACAAGAAGGCGUAUACUAAAGUGAACCUCACUGAGCGUUCAUUUUCAAUGCACGGGUCAAUAGAUGAAUCAAACUUAACCGUAGGGCUGGAUUGGUCUGAUGAGAAGAGGGAAAUAUCUGAACUUUUAUGCCCGCUUUGUCGGGGGCAGGUAAAAGGUUGGACUGUUGUUGAACCAGCUCGCAAGUAUCUGAACAAGAAGAAAAGGGCCUGCAUGGAAGAUAAGUGCUCAUUUGUUGGAAGUUACAAGGAACUGAGGAAGCACGUAAAGGCAGAGCAUCCGUCGGCACGGCCCCGAGAAGUGGACCCUUCACUUGCAGAAAAUUGGAAAAAGCUAGAGAACGAGAGAGAUCAAAAUGAUGUGAUGAGCACAAUCAGGUCAUCCAUGCCUGGUGCAAUUAUAAGGGGUGACUAUGUAAUUGAAGGUAACCAUCAUGGCUAUAUUGAUCCAAGCGAUGUUUACUUUAGCUUGGGAUCAUUUAGUAAUGACGAGGAUGAUGAUUCUGAUCUUGAAGAAAAUCUUGUGCGUGAGGGUUAUUAUUCUUCAUUUGACGAUGAGAGAUUUUAUACCCGUUCCGUGGCUUCAUCUGGACGCAUCAACAAUUCUAGCAGGCGCGUUGGUCGCCGCCCCAGCAGAAUGUUGUUGGGGGUUUCAAGGAGGCAACGAAGGCGUGGACCAAGUGAUGAAAGAGUUACCUACAGAGAGCGAGAAAUUGACUAGUAGGUACGCAACAAACCAGUAGUUGUGCAUUGGUUUUCUUUGAUGGCACAUUAUCAAAAACCAUCUGUUUUCUUUGUAGUCUAGUUCCACGAUUGCAUAACAGGGUCGUUAUAGUUGUAAUUUGUCAAAAUGCAGCUUUGCCACUUAGCCAGCAAAUUUAUAGGUUAAGCUAAGCAAUAUUGAAAGUUUUUCCCUUGUGCCUUACCAUUAGCUAUAUGAAAGAAGAUAAUUUAGUGUCGGUACACUCAUUGCUUCUUUUCCUUCAAGAGAUCAUUGUUGAAACAGUAGAUGCAUAUUUGUAUAUUAACUCUUGAAUCUUGGAUCUA